CUUUGCAUUUGACCUAAUGUAUAAUAUAAACAGCUGCACAUCUGCAGUCUCUGUCCAAAAGAGAGGAACAGGGAAGAGACAAGGAUGGAAACAGUUCUUCUGAUCAUCAUCGCUCUUUCAGGGCUGAGCGCUGUCUCCUCACAUGCUGAACGUCAGUACCAUUUUGUUUCUGAAGCAAAGACCAUGUCUGAAGCACAGAGAUACUGCAGAGAGAAACACACAGACCUGGCCACUGUAGACAGCAUGGAGGUUGUGAAGCUCCUGAACGACAUGGCAGGCCAAUACAAACAAUCAGCCUGGAUAGGGCUGCACGAUGACCGGGACACCAGGAGGUGGUCGAUGUCAGACCCAAGCUUCUACGGACCGGGGGAGACAGAGUUCAGACGAUGGAGGACUGGGGAACCAAGCAACGGGCAAAAUUACCAAUGCACAUUGCUUAAUUCUGGUACAUGGUUUAAUUAUGAUUGUAAUCACGCCCUCCAGGCGAUCUGCUUUGAUGUCACAGGGCCGAAUGCAACAUUUGUCAUCACUAAGAGCUCAAUGAACUGGACUGAGGCCCAGAGCUACUGCAGAGAACACCACACAGACCUGGCCAGUGUGAGAAACCUGACAGAGAACCAGCAGAUUGUUGAGCUGGUACAUGGAGGGUAUUAUUAUUGGAUCGGCCUUUACAGAGACUCCUGGAAGUGGUCCGAUGGAAGCAACUCCUCCUUCAAGUACUGGAAAGUAAAUGAACCUAACUACAGUGCUUCAAAGGUUUGUGUGGCUGCAGCUUUCAACAACUCUGGAAAAUGGGAGGAUGCGGACUGUGGAGUGGAGAAACCAUUCAUCUGCUACGGACCUGUUGUGCCUGUUUCAAUGCAAGUGAUAAAGGUGAGGGUGCAGAAACCAAACGGUGUGGAUCUGAACGAUCAAGCUUUUCUGGAUGCGAUGUUGGUGGAGGCGAAAAAGAACCUAAGGGCCCAGGGAUUGGACGACAACGUCCAAGUGGCCUGGAGGAAGCAGCCGGAUGGACAAGUCUUCCACGAGGAGGAGAAGAAGAAGAAGGAUGAGCUCUAAAGCUGAAUUGCUGAGUGUGAUUUUUUCUGCAACAAUGAUCUGAAUAAUCAAUCAGUAGCGAGAUAAGAUAAGAGUUGUAAUGUUUUCUCUUGUUAGGCUUAUCAAUGAACAACAGGAGGGCUCACAGACAUAAGACCAGCUGUUAAAUAAAUGAAAAGCAUAUUUCUUUCCUCAAAGUCCUCGUGUUACAGAAUUCAGCUGCAACAAUGAUCUGAAUAAUCAAUCAGUUACGAUCAUUUUGAUAGAAGAUUGAGAAUGUGAUGCUUUUCCUUGUUAUAUAUGAAUUUAAUAUGUUUAGGGGUUUUACUAUUGAAUGUAUUUGCUUGGCCGGUGGGAGAUAAUAAUAACAUGUUUGGCUUUUGUUGAAUUUUGAUCAAGAUUAAAUUAAUAAUAAAAAAAGACCUUUAAUGAAAUUU